CUUAAGACAACCCCACAACUCCAUUCACUCCUCCUUUUCUUCCCUCCCCUUUCCCUCUUCAUUUUGUCCACCAGCUCUUUCUCUCUCUUCUUUCUCUCUCCUCUUUCUCUCUCUUCUUUAUCUUUCUUUCCAUAAACCUUAGCACUUCAGAUCAUCCAUGGGUGAAACUUAAAGGUUAGGGAUUCAGUAAUUUUGGUGGAUUUUUUUUCCUCUAGUGGGUAGUUUUGCCUUAUUGUGAUCUUGUUUGGAGUCAUAAACAAACAGUUGUGAAUCAAAGGAUUAGGUUUUCCGGAAUCUUUGCUGAAAUUGAUCAAGAUGAUGUCGAAAAUGAAUUUUCUUGAAGAUAUUGGAUUUUGUUCGAACUUUGAGUUCUUUGCUCCACCACCGCAAUCCGCAGUAGCAGAGGUGGAUGCAGGCCGGGAUUGUGAACCCGAGGGUGCUGUUGACGAGGAUUACUCUGAUGAUGAGGUGGAUGUGGAUGAGCUUGAACGACGUAUGUGGAGAGAUCGUCUGCUCCUUAAGAAGCUUAAGGAGCAGAGCAAAGAUAAGGCUAAAGAAGGCGUUGAUGCAGCGAAACAGCGCCAGUCUCAGGAGCAGGCUCGUAGAAAGAAGAUGUCGAGGGCUCAGGACGGGAUUCUGAAGUACAUGUUGAAAAUGAUGGAGGUCUGUAAGGCUCAAGGUUUUGUUUAUGGGAUUAUCCCCGAGAAGGGGAAACCCGUUAGCGGAGCUUCUGAUAAUCUGCGCGCUUGGUGGAAAGAGAAGGUUAGGUUCGACAGGAAUGGUCCUGCGGCUAUCUCGAAAUACCAGGCCGAUCACUCGAUGCCUGGUAGCAAUGAGGACUGUAAUGCAAUGGGUUCAACUCCUCAUACUUUGCAGGAGCUCCAAGACACUACUCUUGGAUCCCUUUUAUCCGCGCUUAUGCAACAUUGUGAUCCUCCGCAGAGGCGAUUUCCUUUGGAGAAAGGCGUUCCCCCACCAUGGUGGCCUAAUGGGACCGAAGAAUGGUGGCCCCAGUUGGGACUUCCGAAAGAUCAUGGACCGCCUCCGUACAAGAAGCCUCAUGAUCUUAAGAAGGCAUGGAAGGUGAGUGUCCUUACAGCCGUGAUUAAGCAUAUGUCACCUGAUAUAGCCAAAAUCCGGAAGCUUGUUCGUCAGUCCAAGUGUUUACAGGAUAAGAUGACAGCGAAAGAAAGCGCAACAUGGCUUGCAAUCAUUAAUCAGGAGGAGGCUUUGGCUCGGAAACUCUAUCCUGAUCGAUGCCCGCCUCCAACUACUGGUGGUAGCGGGUCUUUGCUGAUCAGUGAUACUAGUGAUUAUGAUGUUGAUGGGGUCGACAAUGAUCCCUCUGGCGAAGUAGAUGAUACUAAGCCUCAGAAUAUCAACCUCUUCAAUUUUGGUGUCGGGGCGCCUAACCACAUUUUAACCUCGCCGAUCAAGGGUGAAGUCAUUGAUACUAAUGCUGCUGAUUUUCCUGAAAAGAGGAAGCAACCAACUCCUGGGUCUCACAUGGUGAUAGAUCAGAAAAUAUUUGUUUGUGAGUAUAGUCAAUGCCCUUACGGUGAUACCCGUCUUGGAUUCUUGGACCGGAAUUCAAGAAACAAUCAUCAGCUGAACUGCCUGUAUAGGUAUGGUUCUUCGACUCUCGGUGUUGGAGUAACCAACUUUCAAGGAAACAACAGUGAACCUGCAAACUUUGCUACUUCGUUUGCACAACACGAGAAGCUGCCUGUUCAAUCUGAGAACCAGUCGUCUGCUAAUUUCAAUGUUAAUGGGCUUGGACUCCCGGAAGAUGGGCAGAAUUUGAUCAGUAGCCUUAUGACGGUUUACGAUACAUCACCGGUCCUAACCUCAAACAAGAACGUCAAUCUAGGGAGCACGAACUUUACUGAGAAUAAUCAGAUGGGUGGAACGUUUGUUGGUCAGGGCGGUGUUUUUGGAAACGGGGUUUCCCAAGGAAUGAGCGUAAAUGCUGUGAAGGAUCAUAAUCAGGCUCAGCCGAAAGUCGCUCAGUUCCAGUUAGACAAUGGCUUUUUAGGACAAGCUAUGCCUCCGAUGAAUGUGGGCAAUAACACUCCUCAGCAGAAGCUUCAGUUUCAGAUGGGUGGUACGGGUUUUCAAGGACCAAAGGUGAACCAGCCGGGAAACAACAUGGGUGGGUCUCGGGUUUCAGUGGAAAACAGUCUCUCGGGUCAGAGAACAAUGCCGGGUGGCAAUGUCUCACAGGGAAGCAACAUGGGUGGUUCUCGGAUUGCAAUGGAAAACAGUUUCUCGGGUCAGAGAACGGUGCCAGGGGGCAACGGUAACAACAUGGCUGGUUCUGUUUUACAGUCGAAUACAAUGCAAAUGGAUAAUUGUCGGGCAUUCGACUCAUCAUUUGGAAUGACGCUGAACGACAACAUUGCAGAUUUUGGAUAUGGCGGGCUUCCAUUCAACCUCUCGACAAUUGAUUUCGACCAGCUCUCAAGGCAGGACAGCUCGAUAUGGAACCUUUAAGCGAAGGAAUCAGCUUAGACGGGAGUCAAAAUCAAGGAGUAACCAUGAAGCUGUACAUUCUGAGAAGGAGAUUGCUUUUAGAUCUCUUCUUUUAAUAGGUGAAAGUUUCACCUGCUGAAUUUAAGCUUUCCUUUCUUUUUAUUUUUCUUAUUUUCUUAGAUAAUCUGAAGAACCCUUAUACUGUUGCACUUGUCUGCACCCACACCCACAGGCCCGACCCGUACCCACACUCGCACCCGCACACAAUUACUUCAAUUACUUAGUGUUUAUUGAUGGUAUUUCCAUCUAACAUUAGUUGAAGCUGGGCAUCUUUGUUUGAACAUUAUUUUUACUUGUGCAACUAUAUAUUUUUAUGUAGCCAUGUUGGAAAAACCCACAGUAAAUAUUAUAAAUAUGUUUUGAUGAAUAAUUACUGUAUAUUAUCCCUUGGAUGUAUUCUCUAUUUUCUCCUCUAGGCCACCGAACCUGGUCAUAUAGGCCUGGUCAUAGCUUUUAUGAGCGAAUAUACUCUCUAUUAUGAUGUA